CAAACGCAUCCAUCCAUUUCCCCGCGGCGCGGCAGAGGCGCAUUGUGUGUCGGAAAUGGGAAAACCCUGAGUCGCGAGGUUGUCGCUGCUGGCUUCAUUGGAGUAUAGAGAGUUACACGACGGCAGAGAGAGGGAAGAACAAGCAACCCUGGAGUUUUAAGCGGCGGAGACGUCAGUUCUUGGAGUUUUUUCGCUAUGAGCUGGGGAACGGAUCUUUGGGACCAGUUCGACAAUCUCGACAAACACUCACAGUGGGGCAUCGACUUCCUAGAGCGCUAUGCAAAGUUCGUCAAGGAGCGUCUGGAGAUCGAGCAGGCCUAUGCAAAGCAGCUACGGAGUCUGGUUAAGAAAUAUUGCCCUAAGCGCUCCAAAGAUGAUGAGCCCAGGUUCACAUCCUGUCUGUCAUUCUACUCCAUACUGAAUGAGCUGAAUGACUACGCAGGUCAGCGAGAGGUCGUUGCUGAGGAGAUGGGGCACAAAGUGUAUGGGGAGCUGAUGAGGUACUCACAGGACAUGAAGGGAGAGAGAAAACUUCAUCUCCAGGAGGGACGGAAGACCCAACAGUAUCUAGACCAGUGCUGGAAACACAUGGACAACAGUAAAAAGAAAUUUGAACGGGAAUGCAAAGAGGCCGAAAAAUCACAGCUCAUCUACGAAAGGCUAGACAAUGAUAUCAACGCCACAAAGUCAGAGGUGGAAAAGAUCUUCAACGUGGCCAUCCCUCAGAUAUUCAAGAAUCUGCAAGACAUGGAUGAACGGCGGACGGUCAAGCUUGGGGAGAUGUACCGGAGUUUUGCUGAGGUGGAACGAAGAGUCAUUCCCAUUAUCUCAAAAUGCUUGGAGGGCAUGGUUACUGCCGCUAAAAAUGUGGACGAGCGUAGGGAUUCUGGGGUUGUAGUGGAGUCAUUCAAGUCAGGGUUUGAACCCCCGGGUGAUUUCCCCUUUGAGGACUUCAGUCAGAACAUCCAGCGAACAGGAUCAGAUGGCACCAUUGGGACCCCCAAAACGGAAGGAGGCAAACCGGACCCUAAACACGCUGUUGGCAGGACCAAAAACAAACUCUGGCUUUUUGGGAAGAAACCGAAGCUUCCCCCAUCCAUCCCUCCCCCUUCCCUCCCGAGUUUUCCCUCUGGCCAUUUCCAGCCUCCUAAAUUUUCUACAGAGCGGAUAGCUAACCAUCUAUCCGAAAUGAGAAAUGCAAAAUCUAAGAUCCCAUCCUUCCGAGCUGUGAAAAGAGGGUGGUCUUUAAAGCUGGCACCAACACUAGAGGACCUCAGCCACCUUCCUCCUGAACAGAGACGCAAAAAACUUCAACAGAGGAUCGAUGAGCUGAAUAAAGAACUACAGAAAGAAAUGGACCAAAGAGAUGCUCUUAACAAAAUGAAGGAUGUUUAUGAGAAGAAUCCUCAGAUGGGAGAUCCUGGAAGUCUCCAGCCCAAGAUUUCAGAGACCAUAUGCAACAUGGAGAAACUCCGCUCCGAGAUCCAUAAAAAUGAGAGUUGGCUAGCAGAGGUUGAAGGAAAGCACGGAUCCCGUAGUGAGCGACGUCCCAGUGCAGAUGUGAACCAUCAUGCACCCCACGGCAGAGAGAGCCCUGAAGGCAGUUACACAGAUGAUCACAGUCAGGAGCAUCGGUCUCCACCGCAGCCAGACCCACAUGAAUUUGACGACGAGUUUGACGAUGACGAUCCUCUCCCUGCUAUUGGCCACUGCAAAGCUCUCUACUCUUUUGAUGGCUCUAACGAAGGCACGUUGGUAAUGAACGAGAACGAGGUGCUCUACGUCAUAGAGAUAGAUAAAGGUGACGGAUGGACGAGGGUUCGGAAACAAGGCGGAGAGGAGGGCUACAUCCCCACGUCCUAUGUGGAGAUCACACUGGAGAAAAACAGCAAAGGUGCGGUCACCUACAUAUGACAUCACCCACGGCAGCACCGCCUAGUCAUGACAUCACACAUGGGGGAGCGUGUGUCAGAUUUACCGUGACUCAUCAAGUGCAGCUCGGCUGACUGCCAUAUGCCUUUGUUCACCAUGUGAGCUCAAGGACAAACACACACAGACACACUGGCUAAAGUGACUAUUUCCUCUGCACUGUGACUUUGCUGCAGCAGAUUCAACUGUAGAGAUUUGUAUAGCUUUUAUUCCAUUUUUAAUUAGUGCUUAAUGCAUGGUUUUUAAUCAGUUUUAUAUCGUCGGAGCAAAUCUGAACAAAAUGCAUCAGCUCCUUUUCAAAUGUCUGUUUGUCUGAGUGGUAAUUUGCUCAUAAUAAUGAGAAAAACUGUCACACUUCAAUCAUGAGCUCUUAUGUUUUUAUGCAUGUUGUAACUAAAGUACGCUCUACUUGGAGCAUCUUCUCAUUGUUUCUACAGUCCGAUCACAGUAUGUACUUCUGAACUUUCAGUUCAUGCAGUUCUUCCAGCUUUCUCCAAAGUGUUAUUUCCUUGCUGCUAAAUUGUCCUCAUUGCAGCACCAAACCUGAUUCACUUCAACUUUUCCUGCGAGUGCUACUCUUCUGUUUAAAUUUGUAGUGGCACAAGUUCCUUUUUAAUGUGUGCCCUGAAAUUGAAAGCAUAUAAUAAAUAUGAUCCAAGAUCGA